CAAGGCAAAAAAAAAAAGACCGGAAGUUCGGUAAGUUGUCGUUUACAAAAGCAAUAUUUCUUUAAUAAAUAUGACGCGUAUAAACCUGUUCUGCAGGAACGGCGAGAGGACAAUUCGUUUGUUUGUUUGUUUGUUUGUUUGUGCUAUACACCAGAGACAUUUGAGUCUGAGAUCAAACGCUGGAUAAACGCUGGUCCGUGUACGGCGCGCGACCUUCAUUCGUUCUUGGUUUCAAAAUUGAACAACAAAAUAGAAAUGACGACGCGUUCAUUAAUGUUUUGUUUUAAUAUUGACAAUUAAAACCCUAAGGUUAGGGUUAGUGAAAACAGUAGAAUUGGCCUUGUGUUCCAGUACUCUCCUUAAGCAUUCCUUGACAUGCAUGAGAAGCUUUUAUUUUUUAUAUUUCUGUCCACACGUCAGUUCAGCCUAUUUGCUGUGUGUACAGUAACUGUGUUUACUUUCAUUACACUUCCAGUAGCACAGAUACAGUAUGAGAGUAUAACUGGAGUACCUGUUACUCAGCUACAGUACUCACUACUGCACACUGAACUGUUAGAUCAGGUUACGGUUCACUCUCAGGGGAAAAACUAGAGACGCACCGAUACUAAAUUUCUCAGCCGAUACCGAUAAGCGAUUAUUCAGAGUGAUAUCGGCCGAUACCGAUAACCGGUAUGAUAGUUCUGCCUUUUAUGCCUUCUUAUAAAUGAAUAAUAAUUAAAAGAAUUCUGAAAGAAAUGCAAAUAAAGACUUUAUUCUCUCCAAUUCAACGAGUUGUUUCACAGUAACUGGUCUCACAAACACAAAACACAUUACUCUAAUGAUCAUUUCUCUAAAAUGACAAAUCUACAGGAAUUUCUCUACAUUUGGUCAACCAAAUGCCACGAGCAGCCUAAAUAAAGGUCAUAAAUAAAGGAAAGUUGUUUACCUUAUAUGGUGAUUUGUGGGCAUUUCUUUAUGCAAAUGAGUCUUAAGAGCAGUAUCAGAGUAAAGCAGGGGUUCCCAAACUUUUCCAGGGCAAGGCCCCCCAAAUGGCAUUAACAUUUCACCGACGCCCCCCCUUUUGCAAGAUGUCUUUAAAACACAUUAAAAAUACAGACUUCUGAAUAUAUCCCCCUUUUUAUUAAUAAUUUCUUCUUACAUCUUUACAUUACAAUACAUUAGGAAUUGAUUGUGUGUGUGUGUGUGUGUGUGUGUGUGUGUGGUUGUUUCAGAGUGAGAAUUUAUUUUUCACACCAAAUUGUUGAGGCCCCCCGGGCGCCCCCUGGUGGCCCCCACUUUGAAAACCACUGGAGUAAAGCACGUGCUCACUGGCGCUUCUUAUACACAAAUGUAGAACUUUGAUUAAAAAUUUAAAAAAGAGCCCCCUGGUGGUAGAACAUUUAUUAUGAGAGUGAAGCUUCUUCAGAAUCUUUCAGCCCGCCCCCAUCUCUCUCUCUCUCUCUCUCUCUCUCUCCUGCUUCGUAAUGAAAGUGAAAGAGACUUCCUCAUAGAGACAGGACAAGAAAGAAGCAGUUCCGAGAAUCUACAAAGAUCAGUCAAUCAUGAAAAGACACGUCUCAGGCCAGACAGCAGAGCCAGAUGGAUUUACAGAGCGGCUCAAAGGAACCUCAGCAGCAGAAAGACCAAACUCACCUGCUCCCAGCUGUGUGUCCAUGAAGAGUGAUGUGUCCAUGGCUGUUGAUAUCAAUUUCAGCCGAGGGGAAAAGAGCAGUGGAAAAAGGUCUGAAAGUGAAAGAGACUUCCUCAUAGAGACAGGACAAGAAAGAAGCAGCUCCGAGAAUCUACAAAGAUCAUCAAUCAUGAAAAGACACGUCUCGGGCCAGACAGCAGAGCCAGAUGGAUUUACAGAGCGGCUCAAAGGAACCUCAGCAGCAGAAAGACCGAACUCACCUGCUCCCACCUGUCUGUCCAUGAAGAGUGAUGCGUCCAUGGAUUUUCUUUACCAGUUCAGCCGAGGGAAAAACAGCAGUGGAAAAAGUGUCGAGAUAGAAAGACCACACUCACCGUCACCUAGCUAUGUCUCUGUGGAGAGUGAAAAGUCAGUAGAACUCAACCAGGACGAUGGGGAAGCUUUUCUACGUUUGCACCCAUCAGCCACUGUAUCGGCGAUGUACGCACCACAAGAGCCGAAACUCUGCCUGCAGCACCGCAUGCCUCGGGAAAUUUACUGCAAGACAGAUGAGACCCUGAUGUGUAAACAGUGUGCAACUGUGGAGCAUCGAGGACACGACAAGUGCUACACACAGGGCGCUAGGGCCCUGCUGGAGCUGGACUCAUUGUCUUUACUUGAGCAAACACUGAACCAUGUAGACACAAAAAACUUCAUGUGGUAUCUUUGCCAAAAUUACCCAGAAUGCUUUGAGACUCCUCAGGUGAAUUGUGAUAUCCAGGAGGCAUCUAAACUCAUUCUGGAGAGAUUUGGCUCAGAUGCAGCUCCAAAGAUUGCGCUAAAGGUCAUGUUGGAGUUAGCGAAAGGUCAUAAGACCAUCCAAGAUCAUGUCAGAGCUAACCUAAAGGAUCAUCUUAGAUUUAAAUUCCAGAGCAUACGUGAAGGAAAUGCUCAGCAGGGGAACCCGAUUCUCCUAAACGACAUCUUCACCGAGCUCCUCAUUACCGAAGGAGGAGGGGAUGGAGCUGUCAAUAAAGAACAUGAGAUCAGACAGAUCGAGGAUGCGUGCAAGAACAAGGGAAUGGAAGAGAUUGUGAUCAAAUUUAACGAUAUUUUUCAACCUUUACCCGGACAGAACAAACGCAUUCGGACCGUGCUAACCAAGGGCAUCGCUGGGAUCGGGAAAACUGUGUCUGUACAGAAAUUCAUCUUGGACUGGGCAGAAGGAAAUGCGAACCAGGAUAUCCAAUACAUCUUCCCACUUCCUUUCCGCGAUCUGAAUUUGAAGGGAAAUGAUGAGUAUAGUGUGAUGCAGCUUCUUCAUCUGUACUUUCCAGAACUUAAAGAACUCAAAACUCUAAGGAGCGAGGAAGUGAAAACCGUGUUCAUCUUUGACGGCCUGGACGAGUGUCGACUUCCCCUGGAUUUCACGAACAACGAAAUGUGCUGCGACCUGACAAAGAAAAUCUCGGUGGAUGUCCUGCUAACAAACCUCAUUCAGGGAAAUAUACUUCCCUCUGCUCUUCUCUGGGUUACCUCUCGACCAGCAGCGGCCAAUCGGAUCCCUCCCGAGUGCGUUGACCAGGUUACCGAGGUCCGAGGCUUUAACGACUCGGAGAAAGAGGUGUACUUCAAAAAGAGGUUCGAUGAUCAAGGCCUCGCUGACAAAAUCAUUAAACACAUAAAGUCUUCAAGGAGCCUCCACAUUAUGUGCCAUAUCCCUGUCUUCUGCUGGAUAUCUGCCACGGUUCUGGACAAGAUGUUGGACGAAUCAGACACGGAAGUACCUAAAACUCUGACCCAGAUGUACACCCACUUUCUUCUCAUCCAGACACAUUUGAAAAACAAGAAAUACCACGGAUUGAUUCAGGACAACAUGGACCUGCCCGAAUCUGACAAAGAGAUGAUCUUCAAACUGGCCAAGCUAGCGUUUCUGCAGUUAAAGAAAGAAAAUCUGAUUUUCUACAAAAAUGAUUUGACCGAAUGCGACAUCGACGUUAGCAAAGCGACCGAGUACUCUGCAAUCUGCACAGAAAUUUUCAAAGAGGAGUCCGGAUUGUACCGAGAGAAGGUCUUCUGCUUUGUACAUCUGAGCAUUCAGGAGCACUUAGCUGCUGUCUAUGUGCAUCUUCAAUUUACAGACAGCCACAUAAACGUACUCCAAGAAGACACCGAGAAUCAGAGUGACACGGUAAAGAUGUCAGAUUUGCACAAGAGCGCUGUGGAUAGAGCGUUGAAGAGCGAGAACGGACACUUUGACCUUUUCCUGCGCUUUCUUCUCGGCCUCUCGCUCGACUCCAAUCGGGCUCUUUUGAGAAGCGUGCUCCCGAACCCGUGUUUGGAGAGUUUGGAAGAAACAGUGGACUACAUCAAGGAGAAGAUCAGAAAGGAGUCGUCGGCAGAAAGGACUAUCAACCUGUUCCACUGUCUGAAUGAACUGCAUUACAACUCGUUGGUGGAAGAAAUCCGUAGUUUCCUGAGAUCAGGCACGCAGUCAGAGACGGAGCUUAAACCGGACCAGUGCUCAGCUUUGGCCUAUGUGCUGCUAACGUCAGAGGAGGUGAUGAAUGAAUUUGACUUGAAGAUGUGUAAAACGUCUCCUGAGGGAUAUCGGAGACUGUUACCAGUUGUCAAGACUUCGAGAAGAGCCAGUCUUGCUGGCGUCAACCUCACAGACGAAUCCUGUGAGACCCUGGCUUCCAUUCUCCAGUCUGCUAACUCACACCUGGUAGAACUGGACCUCAGCUUUAACAGUUUGGGAGAUUUAGGAGUGAAACUUCUCUGUGGCGGCCUCUCAAAUCCACACAGCAAACUGGAGAAGCUGACUCUCAGUCACAACGAGCUCGAACAUAUAGGAGUGAAGCUGCUGUGCGACUGUCUGAUGAGUCCACACUGUAAACUGCAGACUCUCGGAUUGGCUGGCACAAACUUCGCAGAACAAUCUUGUGAAUUAAUGGCCUCAGUUUUCCAAUCUGCUAACUCGCGCCUGAAGGAGCUCGACCUCGGCUGCAAUAAAGAGUUAAAAGACUCCGGAGUGAAGCUUCUCUCUGCUGGACUGAUUAGUCUGCAGUGUAAACUGGAGAAACUCAGGUUGGACAGAUGUGACCUCAGCCAUGAAUCAUGUGAAGCCUUGAAAACGGUUCUUCAGUCACCCAACUCGCGCUUGAGACAGCUGGAUCUCAGCUACAACAAGCUAGGAGACUCUGGAGUGCAACAGCUCUGUGAUGGACUAACACAUCCAAACUGUAAACUGGAGUUACUGGAUCUGAGCUACAACAACCUCGGCCACUCCGGAGUAGAACUUCUCUCUACUGGACUGAUGGAUCCAGACUGUAAACUCAAGAGUAUAAGACUUGCUGAUGUCGGCAUCCCAGAUGAGACGUGUAAAACCCUGGCCUUGGCUCUACAGUCAGAAAAUACAUACCUCAGAGAGCUCGAUCUCAGCAACAAUUACAUUGGAGAUUCAGGAGUGGAACUGCUCUGUGCUGGAUUAUCCAGCCCAAACUGCUUCCUCGAAAAUCUCAGUCUGCGAUGGUGUAAUCUCACAGAACGGUCCUGUUCUAACCUGGCCUUGGUUCUGAGUUCCCACACUCGUUUGACAGAACUGGAGCUGAGAGACAACGAUGUGCAAGAUUCAGGGCUGAAGCUGCUUUGCGCUGGUCUUCAGGAUCCAGGAUGCUCACUGCAGAAACUGGGUCUUUCAGGGUGUUGUGUUACAGAAGACGGCUGCUCCGCUCUAGUUUUAGCUUUAAGCUCAGAUCACUCACAGCUCAGAGAGCUCGACCUCAGCUACAAUCAUCCGGGAGAGUCAGGAGUGAGACAGCUGUCUGCUGUACGAGAUAAUCCACGCUUUAACCUGGAGAAACUGAGUGUGGACCACUGUGGUGAGUGCAGGAUCAAACCCGGACUAAAGAAAUACGCCUGUGAGAUCACCCUGGAUCCAAACACUGCACACAGAACUAUGACUCUGAGUGAUGACAAAAAGGUGACAAGGACUCGAAGUCAGUAUUCGUAUCCGGACCAUCCGGAUCGGUUUGAGUAUUACGCCCAGAUUUUGUGCAGAGAGUCCCUGAGAGAUGCGCGCUUCUACUGGGAAACGGAGUGGACCGGCAAUAACAUUUACAAUGGUGUAACGUACAAAGGUAUCAACAGAAAAGGUCGCAGCAAUGACUGCAAACUGGGGAUGAAUAAUAUAUCCUGGAUUCUGUUCUGUUCUAACAACUAUGGUUAUUACGCUGGUUACAAUAACAAGGAGACAGUGGUAUCUCCUCCACCCAAUCCCUCCAGAAGAAUGGGUAUCUAUUUAGACUGGCAGGCUGGUACACUCUCCUAUUUUAUCAUCUCUGCUGAUAGGGUGUAUCACACGUACACAUUUCACACAACAUUCACUGAGGCCCUGUAUCCAGGAUUCCGGGUCGACGACACAGUGACACUGUGUGAGCUGGAAUAAAAAAAGAACAUUCACUUUAAGGAAAUUACUGUAAGGUGGAGAUGUCAGGAAUUUAGCCAGAGGUUUUAAAGGAAGUAAUAAUACACUGUGUGUUGUACUGAAAUCAUUCUACGUAUGUGUAUUUGCAGUCAGUAGAAAACACCUUUCAUGCAUUUUAUUCAGUAUUUAUUUUUCAUUGUUUUUAUUUUAAUACAUGAUUGCAGGGCUGUUUCUUGCUAGCGGUGUAAGUGUUCACUUAAGCCCCCGGACCACCAGGGGGCGCCAUGAUUUUUUAAUAAUGAUAUCCCCCAAAAAAUUUAUAAAUAAGCACACUUUAGGUUUUUUGCAUUUACAUUAUUAAAAUAGGUAACUAAUGUAACAAAGUGUUCAUAUGAUCUGGGACGUAAAAGAACAAAAAAAGAAGCAUGUAGUUAUUUUGUAUAUAUUAUUUCAAUAUAAUUAUUCAUACAAUUAUUUCAUAUAAUAAUAUGUUUGAUGACCUUGCUUUUAAAAAAAAGUAAAUGAAGUUGAAAUGUGUAGGAAAAAGUGCACUCCAAUUUUUAAAAUGUAUUUUUAUGUUAUUUAUUAUGUAUUUUUUAUUUUAUUUAUGUUAUUUAAAUGUGCAAUUUAGUCAUUUCACACAUUUUUUUGUAAUGGUUAUUACUCUUUACCUCAAUUUUUUUACUACAUAUUUAUUUCAAUUUCUGAUAAUUUAUUAAAUUAUUUUAUUUAUAUAAUUUACUUGUAUAGAAAUUGAAUUCCCUGCGUAUGUGGUUCUUGUUCAGUUGUUAUUAUUAUUAUUAUUAUUAUUAUUAUUAUUAUUAUUAUUAUUUAUUUUAUUUUUUUAGUAAACUGUUUUUCCCCCUCAUCCAAGAUAAUGAAGUAAUAAUUCUGUUUAUUCUUGCAUAAUAAUAUGACCUGAAUGAGUAGGCUGAAUCAUUGGUCACUUAGGACCCCUAAAUGUCCAUGAAUGACCCUGCAUGAUUGUAUUUUUACACAAAAUAAAAGUUGUCACUUAAGUGGUCGUUUUUUUCAGGUGUAUAAUUUGGGGACGUCCUGCACAAACCGUUUUCAGACCACUGUAAUGUUUGUGCAUUAUAUGAUUUUCGACCGUUAUUUUUCAUCAAAUCACCAAAACGGCUCUUCUGAACUGUGAGUCGACUCCCAAAGUUCACCUUGAAAAAGCCAUGUUGCAGAGCUAAUUCAAAGAGCCGACUCAUAUAGAUUAUUCAAAUAACCGAUUCACACAACCGAUUCAAAGAGCUGAUUCCUAGAACCGAUUCGUAACGAACUUUUACCUCAGAGAAAACACGCAAAUAAGAAACUGAGGUAAUUUUUUUUUUAAUUGUUAACGUGGUUCUUAUCAUUAUUUUAGUCUCUCUCCGCUACUUGUAAUGUUAGGUAUUUGUAUUAAGCUAAGAAAUCUUUAAAAGGACAACUUUAAACUCGUUUAUAUUAGCACUGAAGCUAACUAGCUAACUGCUACCUGAAGUUUAGUAACUGCACGCGCUGUUGAAAGCUGAGCGUUAGCAUAAUCGGUGCUAUCGAUUUUCUUGCCUUUUUUUUCUUUCUUUUUUUUUUUCUGAAGUUGAAUAGAUAAUCAUUAACAGAUACUUUCAGGAGAAGCACACACACACACACGCACGCACACACACCUCUACGAGUUAAAUUUCAGUCAGUUCUGUAUUUACAGUUUGAUUUAUGUCAGGAAACAUAAUUUUUAUUAAAAAAAGGGAAAAAAAUCUCUGUAUUAUGUUUAUGUUUUGGUUCGUUCGAAAAUUACCUGGAUGCCUUGAUGUCAAAUGAAUCCUUAUCUGUCUGUAUUAUUAAGUAGGAUUACAGGACGAGAGUAAAAUCACUGAUUAUUCAAAUGAUUUAAGUACAUUGCAUCAUGGUACUGAAGAUGAAUGAGUGAGUAAAUGGUGCCAAGUUCAGCACUUACACAGGCUUGUGUAAGUAUUCACCCCCUUUAACUUUUCCACAUUUUGUAAUGUUACAACCUGGAACUGAAAUGGACUGAAUUGUGAUUAGUGUCUAAAGUGGAAAAAUAUGAAUACAGUUUCCAAAAUUAUAUACAAAUAAAAAUGUUGUGAACAGAUAA